UUCGCUGACAACUCAAUCGUGGACGGCAACGUUGAGGUUUUCAUGUCUGCCAGCCGAAUUGACCCUUGUCUGUAGGAGUUUUCUCGUUCAUUUUCCGUAGUCCUGCUGUAGUUUGGCAUAUUUAAAUUUCGCUCGGUUUCACGCGCAGGGUGCUAUUGAACGCCGGCUUUGUUUGCGCUAAGCUUGCCGCUAUGAAUCCUUGCACAAUUGCUUCGCCCGUCGAGGAUUUGGACGGUGACGACCGAUGGCUAAGCAUUCAUAGACGGUUCCUGUCCGAGUGCCGGGAGAAGGAUCCGGACGUAAUAUUCCUGGGUGACUGCGUGCUGGAGUCGCUGCAACACACAGAAACGUGGAAUCUAUACUUUGCACCAAUGCAUUGCCUUAAUUUUAGCAUAAGAAAUGAUCGGACGCAGAACGUGCUGUGGCGUGUGGAGAAUGGGGAAUUGGAUAAUGUUCGACCGAAGAUAGUAGUACUGCAUGUUGGCACGAACAACAUUGAGAACACUGCUGAGGAAAUAGCCGAGGGAAUUUACGUGAUUGUGCAGAGGAUACAGGAGAAACUCCCAGAGGCCUACAUUGUGCUUCCGACACUGCUUCCGCGAGGACAACAAACAAAUAGCUUACGGGACAAAAAUGUCGAAGUAAAUAAUUUGAUAAGAGACAAGUGUAUAGGUUUGAAUCAUGUGCAAAUUGUCACAAUCGAUAAAGGUCUCAUUCAGUCGGACGGCACGAUCAGUCACCAUGAUAUGUUUGACUAUCUGAAUCUCACAAACAGCGGGGCGAAAAAAAUUUUCGAACCGGUGCACGAUCUCUUAUCGCAAAUCCUAAACGAAAAUGAACCGGAGAAGGAUCUGACACCAUCUGAAUAGGCUGCUGAAUGAAUUACAAGAAAAUACGUGAAACACCAGAAAGAGGUACCACAGCGAAAGGAAAUAAAAAUGAAAACAAAAUUGUGCGCCUUAUUACGAGUAAUAUGAAUG